AUGGCCUCAUUGAAGCAGAAUAAGGGCAGCAAGAACAACGAGCCUAAUACACCGACACCUGUCGCUGCACUAGUGAAUAUUACACCGGUGGUUACGGCACCAGUAGCACCAAUAGCACCACUUCACAUGCCAUUCGGUUAUGGCGGUUAUCCACCCCCUGGCUACGCACCACCUCCACCGUAUAGAUAUGGUGCUUAUCCUCCACCUCCGUAG